GCUCUUGACAAGGCUCCACCUCGACCCGGCGCGGCCCCGGCACGUCGAUGCGAUUUCUCGAAUUCAGCCCCGUCGCCCUUCGCCCGUCGCCGUCCGCUGUCCAGCGCCAGUCCGAGUCCUGUCUCCGUUCCUGUCGCGUGCGCCGGAUCUUCAAUCCUUUGUAGCGGAUCCCGUCUCCGUUCCACCACCCAUAACGCCGAGCUUCCCCCCCCUCUGCGCCCACCUCAACCCUUAACCACCGAGGGCUUUCACCGUCCGAAUCACCGACAACAACACCCUCCGUCGUCGCCGCGCAAAGCGCAUCCUCUAGCCCACCAUGCAGCCCACCCGCGUUCUUCAAGGUCUCAAGUACCGCAAGUUGCGCCUCACCACCAAGGAUGUCAAUAAGGGUUUCUACAAGGGUAACCGCACCGGCUCCAUGGGUACGCACACCAGCUACGGUACCUACAAGAUCGACUACAGCAAGGUCCGCACCUAUGUGUGCCCAGAUUUGACUGGUUUCAAGCUCACCCCCUUCGUCUCCAAGACCAUCCGCCCCGUCCACGACCAGUUCCCCGGCGACAAGCUCGGCCCCAGGAACCCUACCACCUACCUUGCGCGCUGGAAGUCGGAGAACGGUCUCGAUUAAACAACUCCUUCCCCGAUAUGCUACGGAUCCGAAAUGAUGACGGAAGUGCGUGCAACGCUAGAAGAAUGAGGAAAAGGAGGAGCUGAAGGAGGACAGAGGACGAGAGACAUGGAGCGAGGCUCACACUCAAUUACCACAAACGGAAUAUACCCCAUUUUUUGCAUACACUCCAGUCCGCUCGGAAGAAGGAAUACGGAACGGAGCCCACGAGUCUCUAUGUACGUCUCGACAUUUCGCGACAUACUCGCGGUUCCGUGAAUGUGUGGGAAUUCAUGGUAUACGUUUCAAACUCCAUGGAUAACAUGCUACAUAGGUCUGUCACGGUUGGCGUGAAGAUUUGACAAAGAUGGAAGCGGACAGACAGGCACGUCGGUCGCCUUGUAACACCACACACAACCCAUUGUAUACUACAACACGAAUUGAUGGAUGAUGACCAAGUUCCUACGACCC